UCGUCAUUCGUUGUCGAAACGUACGCCGCGAAUGAUGGAUUUUACGCACAUAAGGGUGUAUCAGAUUCUCUCGUCGAUCUUAGGGCCGCUCGAAUCGGAAAUGGCGGUCGACGAUAAUAACGUUAUCGCAGACGAAGACGAGCGCGCGUAACCUCAAGGAUUUGCUUUAAACAUUGCUGCUUCUAAUUUAGUUGUUAUUAUUCAAACUAAAGUGGUAGUCGAAGUGGCUGAAUAGCUUAGUGAUUCGUAUCCCGAUAGUUGACAAAGGUUUAUUCUUCUUAGAUUAACGAGCUUUAGGCAUUUGGCAGAAGAAAAUUUCCGUGACGGUGAUCGCGUGGGAAUUUCGCUCUAAUCGGACGUGCGAGGAACGGGAAAAGUUGCAAAAUGAAGUGCUUUUGUCUCAGAACGUCACCCGACGAAAUGCGAAUCCGUGAGUCGAACAUGUUUGAUACUUUCGAGAGUGUAACGUGCAGUAAUAAGCCGAAAACGCCGGAAUUCCACCGUGAUAAAAAUGGAAACCAGACAGCCGGUGACGCGGGGGAUGAUUCCGGUGACCAAAACGCGAAUUACUAUCCCGAUUGCGACAGCUCGGUGUGGAUGAGAAGCUGCGAGCACGAGGUGAUCGAGCCGCUCGCCGGCAAGCUCACCGGCACCAUCCCCAAGUGGCUGAAGGGCACUCUCCUCAGGAACGGCCCGGGCAAGCUGAAAGUGGGCGAGUACACCUUCCAGCACCUGUUCGACAGCUCCGCCCUGGUGCACAGGUUCGAAAUUUCGGACGGCAAAGUGACUUACCAGCGACGUUUCAUUCAAACCGAGGUCUACAAGAAGAACAUGGCCGCUCGGAGGAUAGUAAUGACUGAAUUCGGCACCAGAGCCACACCGGAUCCCUGUCGAAGUAUCUUCCACAGGGUAGCCACGAUAUUCAAUUCGGACGAGAAAUUCUCGGACAACACUAUGAUCUCGGUUUACCCCUUCGGUGACGAAUAUUACACGUUUACAGAAGCACCGGUGAUGCACAGAAUCGACCCGAAGACCUUGGAGACCAUGGGCAAGGUGAACGUGUCCCAGUAUGUAAAUAUCGUAAAUCACACUUCGCAUCCUCACGUUAUGACUGACGGUACGGUCUACAACGUAGGUCUAAGCCUAACACCGCUCGGCCCUCGAUAUAACGUCGUGGGCUUUUAUCCCAGUCGCGUAACCGUCGAUGAAUUCGGCGAGGAGAAGGAACUCUCCAUGUUCGAUCAAGCGACGAUCGUUGCUAGCGUGCCGUGUAGAUGGACGCUGAACCCAUCGUACAUGCACACCUUCGGCAUCACCGAGAACUACUUCAUAAUCGUGGAACAACCGUUGGCCAUCUCCAUGGUCUCGAUGAUGGUCGUGCACGUUAAACAAGAACCGAUGGUCAACAGCUUCAAAUGGCACGAAAACGAAAAUACACUCAUUCACGUGAUAUCAAGGGAAACGGGCAAAACGGUGAAGACAUUCGUCGCGGAGACCUUUUUCUUCCUUCACAUCAUCAACCAAUUUGAGACUCGCGACAGGGACUACGUCGUUCUGGAUGUAUGUUGUUAUCGGGACCCGAAAAUGCUGGAGUGCAUGUACAUCGAUUCGAUGAAGAAUAUGCACGAGAACCCCGAUUACGCGAACAUGUUUCGCGGCAGACCGUUGCGUUUCGUACUCCCGUUGAAAGAACCGUGUGCUGACACACCACCGGAGCACAACCUUAUCACAAUUAAAACGGUGCAUCAGAGCCUGGAUCUGUUUCGAAACGUCGACGACAAGUCGCUCGAUCACGACGCGGACAAAAUGAACUUCGAGAUCGUCGACGACUCGGACGACAUCACAGUCUCCAACACAGACGAUAUAAAUCGCAAAUGGGCCGAGCACAGAAACGCUCUGCGAAGAAAGCCGGCCGCUCACCUGUUCCCCGACGGCAGGAUCUUCGUUAAGCCGGAGCUACUUUGCGACCUGGGCUGCGAGACUCCGCGAGUGAACGCCGACUUCCAUGUGGGUAGAGAGUAUCGAUACUUCUACGCGAUCUCGAGUGACGUAGACUUGAGUAGUCCAGCGAAGCUCAUUAAAGUCGACACUUAUCGAAAGACCAGGAAAGUAUGGCAGGAGGCGAACGUUUCUCCCAGCGAACCGAUCUUCGUAGCAAAUCCCUACGCGAAGGACGAAGACGACGGUGUUAUCGUGAGCUCGCUCGUCUGGGGCAAGGAAAACGAGAGUCAAGUCGGCCUGUUGAUCUUGGAUGCCGUGACAUUUACAGAAAUCGCGAGAGCCACCUUCGACGCACCAGGACCGGCGCCUAAGUGUCUGCACGGUUGGUUCAGCCUGGAUAAACAGUCAAGUGUAAACUGAUUCGUGCAUGCAAAAUACGAUGUUUAUGCGCGCAGAUUAAAUUAUAGUAUAAAAGUGAUGUAAGAAAUGUCUUCAGCGAGUCUUUAUCGUUUCAUUCCUACCUCGAUAAAACGUACGUAUGGACCGCAGAGCGUUAUGUACAUUUGGUUUGCAUGAAUAGAAACUGUCGUUUCUUCUUGGGACUAAAAAAAAAA